AUGGUGCUCCUCACUUCGUCCACGGUCUCCACCAUCGUGUCAAUGGGAGUAGUGUGCAUCUUCACCCUACUAUUAUUUCUAUCAGGAUACGUGUUGCAGCAGCAAUCAGUAAAGAACAUCCAGCAUGCCAUCCGCCCACCCCUUGAGCCGGCUACCCGAUCACGCGAGGCCCUAGGAUCUGCAUUCCAGAAGCGAGGCCUGUCAGAUUCAGAUUUGGAUGCAGGCGUCGAUCAGGAGAGCUCGCUAGGCAGUCAGGAUCGCCAUGCGAAGCCGCGAGGCAAUUUUGCAUAUCUGCAGCUUUUGUCUGAACCCGACCCUUCAGAUAUUUGCUCUGCGGUCCUCUUUUUCAAGCAGCUUGCGACAAAUGGCACCCGCGUCCAGGACCGUCUCUUUAUGUACCCACAAGAAUGGGAUCGAAUGUCAACGAAGAAACUCGGGAAGCCAGCCUCGAUUGCGCUUUCCAUACUGCGUGCCGCCAGUAUCAAAUAUGGUAUCUGGCUACUUCCUAUCGAUAUGACUGCAGCUACGUCGGCGGGUUACUCAACAACAAACACCAAGCUUUUGCGUUUGGGUCAGAUCCAAUUUAUGCAAUAUGACAGCGUUCUCUACGUCCAAACACCUGGCAUGAUCCUCGACACAGAAAGGCUUGAUGACGUAUUGUUCUCUCGACCAUUGCCCCUUCGACACGAUAAGAAUAGGCCGGAGUCAUUUAACAACGAGGCAUGGAUUCCCAUGCCCCUUCGUGCAGAACGCGAUGCCGACCUGCCACCGGUAUACCUUAUCACAGUCAACAACAUCCGCGGCGCUUCCAUUGAAACUCGUACGCACAUUCCAAACAUCCACCUUCCUGGAUUUGGUGGUCUCGUGACGGGGCCAUGGGGCGUAAAGCCUGAGUCGGAUGAUGGCGAGCCAAUUCAGCAACCGGCAUAUGUGUACUUUUCCAACGACCGUGACGGUCACGUCAAGUGGGCUGGCAAUCCACUUUUUGGGACAUGGCGAUCACAGCAAAGUGAAGUUUGCGACGGUUUAGAGCUUGACGCCUUUUAUCACGACGAGAUGAAAUGA